AGGAGCUAGUUAGAUUUAGCGACGAGGAAGGUGAGAGUGAUUCUGGUUCCAUGGCUGCUAGCAUGGACUCUGUUGAAGAAGAUGCUUUUGAGCUUGGAAUCGACGUCGUGCUCGAUAUGUCUGAAGAAGAUUCACCCUGCUCUGCCCCACCUGAGAUAUUUCACAACUCUUCUGGCCCACUCCCAGGACCAUCAACUUCUACACUCCCCCAAUUUGUGGACACCCCUCACAUCUCAGCAGAGGAGCAACCUCAUGUCCCAGCAAAAAAGACCAGAACAGCUCCAGCGGUACCACCACCUGCAGCACUGGAGGACAGAUGGCGUGACCCCUCGGAGGAAGAUGAGCAGCCUCCUCCAUUGCGCUUUCACCCUAGGAGGACCCCAGGAGUCCAGCUGGAUUUUCAUAUGGUCUACAGCCCUUCUGACAUCUUCCAGCUGUUCUUCAGUCAAGAAGUGCUCCUGACCCUGUGCAACAACACCAACAAGUAUGCAGCAAAGAAAACAGAGAAGGGCUUGAGGAGGCAGUGGACUAACGUCAAUGCUGACGAAAUGCUUCGCUUUAUCAGCAUUGUAAUUUAUCUUGGACUAAUCAAGCCUUCAGCUAUUCGGGACCUGUGGAGGAAGGAUCAUUUGCACAGGCACCCAUUUCCUCCUUCAGUUAUGACUGGGAAGCGGUAUGAGGCCAUCAGUGCAAACCUGCACAUGAGUGACCCAGCGGCAGAUGCCAUCAAUGAUCAGCUCAGAGGUCAGCCUGGCUAUGAUUCUCUCUUCCGUCUCAAGCCACUCAUGGAACAGACCCUGACUGCCUGUAAAGCAUAUUACCAUCCACACAAGAACAUUGCUGUGGAUGAAAGAAUGGUGGCCACCAAGGCAAGGAUUUCUAUGAAGCAGUAUAUGAAGAACAAGCCCAGCAAGUGGGGAUAUAAGAUCUUUGUCCUGGCAGACAGCUCCAAUGGUUACACAUACAAUUUCAGUGUGUAUGAGGGGAAGGCAUGUAAACCUUCUGGAAACGGACUGAGCUUUGAUGUCGUGGUCAACCUGAUACAUGUUCCUUCUCUGGGUACAGGAUACACAGUAUAUGUGGACAAUUUUUACACUAGUUCGCUGCUAUUCCAUCACCUGCACAGAAUUGGUUUUGGGGCUUGUGGAACCAUCCGGGAGAAUAGGAUAGUUUCUACUAAGACAUUUGCCAACGACCUUCCAAAAAAAGCUGCCCGUGGCGACAUGAGAUGGACCAGGGAUGGCCCGUUGCUGUUUGUAAAGUGGAGGGACACACGAGAUGUCACAAUGUGCUCCACUGUCCACAAAGCUUACAGUGGGAAAACUGUGCAACGACUGGUCAGAACUAAAAGUGGCACCUGGUCCAGCAAACAGAUCCCUGUACCGGACACUGUGAAUGCAUACAACAAGUUUAUGGGAGGAGUUGACUUGUCUGAUGCCCUCAUAAAAUACUUCUCUGUGACGCAGAAGACCAGGCGCUGGUAUAUGAAGCUGUUUUUACAUUUCAUAGACAUUGUGGUGGUGAACAGCUUCAUCAUCCAUAAGGAGAUGGCACUGGCAAAAAAGCAGAAGCCCCUCAACCAAAAGCGCUUCAGGGAGGUGUUGUGUUCGGAGCUGGCUGGUGUUGGCCUACCACAGGAAUCCCCACCGGCAAGAGCUCCGAGUGCCCCUUUGUCUCCCCCUCAUGUCCCAGAGGAGAGACCACAGGGGUGCUUCCCUGUUCCAGUGUGUGAACUAUCUACUGACGUUCGGCAAAAAGCCACACAAGGGAGGAGGAAAUGUGUCCACUGCAAAAUGAAGACAAUUUUCAUGUGCAGAUCUUGCAGUGUUCCACUCUGUGUAGUGGUAGAUCGGUUGUGCUUCACAGAGUGGCAUGAUCAAAAGACCUAAUAAAGAGAAAUGUAUGUAAAUAGUUUUUGUUAAUACUUGCUGUGUUUUAUAAGUUUUCUGUGUCCCUUGAAGAAAUUAACUUGUUUUUAUCACAAAAAAUAAAAAUGCAAACUCAUA